AGAAGAUUUUUCGUACAUAACCACAAACGUCAGAUAUCCAAAUAAGAUCCCAAUUAUGUUUAUUUUUCUAUGAAUUCUUUGUUUUCUUUUUAAAUAAUUUUCAAACAAGGAGACAAAUACAAAUAAAAAUUAACCGAGUGUCGUGCUAGUAUCUCUAGUCAAGGAAAAAUAUUGGAAAGCACUAUGUCGACUGCUUUAAUAACUGCAGAUUGGUUCCUUUUAGGAAGAGACUCCUAUUUUAGAAAAUUUGAAAUAUAUUCAAUGGAAUGGCAUCAAGAGAUAAAGCUAGAGAAUUUUAUAAUCUCGUCUGCGCCUUACGGAGGACCUAUAGCUCUUAGGAGAGAUGAUCGAAAGCUUGUAAAAGUUCAUGGAAGUGGUCAGCCAGUUAUUUCAAUAUUUUCUGGUUCGGGAAGGUCAAUUACGUCAUUUAAGUGGGUUCAGAAACCAAUAAUUCAUAUGGGAUGGUCAAAUGACGAAAAGUUAAUAUGCAUUCAAGAAGACGGAAGUGUUGUAAUAUACGACAUGUUUGGCAAAUUUGUCCAUAAAUUUAAUAUCUUUCAAAAAGUUCAAGAUUCUAAAGUUGUCGAUGCCAAAAUCUUUACCAACACAAAAAACGUAACGGGUAUUGCUGUUUUGAAUUCUAAUUAUAAAGUUUUCAUAGUUAACAGCCUGAAGGAUAUUAAAACUAGACAACUUAGUGAUAUACCUAAAUCGGCUAGUGAACCAACAUGUUGGGAAGUUGUAUCUGAAGAAUCUUCAACUGAGGUAUUUCUAGCCAGAGAUAAAGAGCUGUACAGAUUAAAACAAGAUGAACAACACACAAGUGCAAUGCUUCAGCCAGAUAUAUCAAACCCUUACACAGCCAUUUUAGAAAUGGCUGUUUCAUUAAACGCACGCCAUAUCUGUUUCUUUACUAAUUCUGGUUACUUAUGGCUUGGUUCAACCGAUUUGAGAAAUAAAUACCAUGAGUUUGAAACAGGAACCAUUCAUAGACCGAAACAAUUAGUCUGGUGUGGUAAUGAGGCUGUUGUAACUUACUGGGAAAGAGACCACAGAGUUUUAAUUGUCGGAAAAAACGGUUUGACUCACCAGUUCUAUUACGAUAGUGCCAUUCAUAUCGUAUCUGAGAUCGACGGUAUCAGGAUAAUAUCUAGCGCCCACCAUGAGCUGCUUCAGAAAGUACCCGAUGUCCUUCAAAAGAUUUUCAGAAUAAACAGUAUAGAACCUGGAAGUUUUCUGUUAGAAGCAUCCAAACAAUUCCAGAAAAGGAGCCAUAAAGCUAACGAGUAUAUAUCCUUGGUGAAAAAAGAUUUGGAAGAAGCUGUGAAUCAAUGUUUGGACGCUGUAGGUUAUGAAUUUAAUACGGAUAUUCAGAAAAUGCUUAUCCGGGCUGCUCAGUUUGGGAAAUGCUUCAUCGCGGACAUUAAUUCAAAUAAAUACGUUAGAAUGUGCCGCUUGUUGAGAGUCUUAAAUGCAAUUCGAGACCCGAAAGUCGGAAUCCCCUUGACAAUAGCUCAAUUGAAAUACAUGAGUUUGAGGGAAACCACCAGCAAAGAUGAUGACGAAUCGUUGAGGAGCCUACUGGAUCGAUUGAUAACAAGAAAUUUGUAUUUUCUUGCUUUGCAAAUAGCUAUCUACCUGAAAAUGUCAAAUAAGGAUGGCAGUAGCUAUAUUCUAGUGCACUGGGCCAAAUAUAAGGUUAGUCAAAAUCAAGUUGAAGAAGAGGCUGUAGCUAGAGAAAUAGGCGAAAAAUUAGGAUAUUCCCCCGGUAUAUCUUACAGAGAGAUUGCAGAAAAAGCUGCCGAGUUUGGAAAGAAAAAACUUGCCAUAAAGCUGUUGGACUACGAAUCAAAGGCCAGUGAGCAAGUGGAGUUGCUUCUAAAAUUAGGUGAGAAUCAACCGGCGCUUCUCAAGGCUAUCGAGAGUGGUGAUACUGAUCUAGUCUACAUGGUGAUUUUGAAGUUAAGAGAAAAAAUGGCCUUAGGUGAUUUCAAGAUGACAAUUCGAAACUUCCCAGUUGCGUUGUCAUUGUACAUCAAAUAUUGCAAGGAAUACAAUACUGCAGCCCUGAGCGAAAUAUAUAUACAAGAAGACGAUUUCUCGUCGCAAGCUUUAAUGUUUAUAUCGGAAAGUCUUGAUGAUAAGAAUUCUCACACAAGAGAUUCGUUGAUAAGUUCAGCCAUGGACGCUUAUAAAAAAGGAAGAAAAGAUUUGUACGCUUCUAUGUGCGAAGAUACUCUCAAAUUAUUAAAGCUUCAAAGGGACUGGGAGGAAAAAUUCAACCUUCGUGGAAAACUAGUCGGAAAAUCCAUACACAGUACUUGCAAGGAGUUGCUGGAACAAAAUGAAAUAAAACUUGCGGAAAAAGUGAAGAAUGACUUCAAGAUUCCCGAUAAAAGAUAUUGGUGGUUGAGGAUAGAAGCACUGGGAAAAAGAGAUGAUUGGACAGAAUUGGAGAAAUUCUCCAAGCUUAAGAAGUCUCCAAUAGGUUACGCGCCAUUCGUUGACGUUUGUUUGACGUAUUCCAACAAAGACGAGGCCGCCAAGUAUUUGCCCAAAGUUGCAGACGAUAUAAAAGUGAAGUACUACCUUAAAGUUGGUUUGCUAGAAGAAGCAGCUGAAAUCGCUUUUCAGCAAAGAGACAUUCCAAGUUUAACGAGCGUUCAGUAUAAAGCCUCGGGUCAGCCUCAACUCUUACAAAAAAUAUCGUCUAUGAUCAACCAAUUAGAUUAUAAGAAUAAAUAAAUUUAUUUCUCUAUAGUAAGAUAUAUUUAUCAUUAUAUUUUUUUUUGUUUAUUGUUAUUAAAUUUUGUUUAUUAAACGCUUUACAUAAGUA